AUGGCUGAUGUACCAGAGGAACCAGAUUGGGAUCCGAGCUCGAGAGACGACGAGUAUUCUCAAGAGCAUGUGACCCAGGAUAGCCUCAUCAACGAUAUCGUCACUGAUCUGGGCGUUUCGGCUAACACCCAACGUCCUAGACCUAUCAAUGGCAACUUGUCCGAUGAUGACUUGGACAGGCUGCGCCGGUACGAUUCCACCGCAUCAACCCUCCCACCCGGCGCAGACGGGUCAGGCGUCAACCGAUAUGCUUCGAACGCCUCAACACUGAAUCGUAAUAAUUCGAGCUACGACUGGGAUGAUGACGAGAGUGAUCAGGAAGGCGCGGCUGGGGUGUUGCUCAUGCAGCAAGACGAGAUGAACGACCGGCGGUUCAGCACUGGCGUAGGAUUCUCGUACCCCGGAGACCAGGCAGCUGUGCCAUCUUUGCCCACGCCGUCUCUACCCACUCCGGCCGAAGAGCAGGUGCCGAGUAGCGAUAGUGAUUUCGGUGCGAUGGAUAUUGGCUUGUUUAGCGGUGGCUAUGCAGGCAAUCUGACGUACGGUAACGAUGUCGGUUCUCCGCCGCCAACGGCAUCCACACAAUUGGGCGAGGAGGGCCGACGGCUACCCACACCACGAAGUGGAAUGGGCACGUAUGAGACCGACCCGCCAUAUCCCAAUUAUGAUGCCGAGGUUGACUAUGGUGGAACUGGCGGCCUGCAGGCGCCUGGCCAGCAUCGACUCAGUUUCGAUGAGGGCGAGGAGCGUGUCUCAGUCCACUCGCGAGCGAGUGGCAGCGAGUCACCCUACAAGGAGGACUAUCCCGACAUGUUUUACCACCCUGGUCUUACAAACAGACCGCUACCAGCAUUGCCGCCAGCAUCUGAUAGCAGUUCGUUGCUUUCGGUACAAAUCCCAGGCAACCGGGGGCCGUAUCAGCACAGUUACUCUUUGAGCGCGGACUCUCGCCCGUACCGUGCUGAGGCUCCCGACGCAUACUAUAGUCAGCAGCAAUUGACGCAACAGCAGCUAGUUGAGAGGUCAAUAUCACUCUCAAGCCAUAGUAACACCCCUCAGGUACAAAUUCCCGGGCGUUCACGAACCGAUGCAGCAGAAGAGCGGAAGAGGUUGUUGAAGACCCAGCAACAACUCGCCGUUCGGGAGGAUGGAUAUGAUACCGGAACUCCCUCGUCUGUAACAUACGAUGCCAUUACUCUUCCAAGUGGCCGAAGGAAGAAGUUCAUCCCAUCCAAGCUCAGUUCAUCUGAUAUUCGAAAAUGUACUGAGCCCUGGGCGCUAAGCGGCAUUGCGAACUGGAUUCGUGAGAUGGCUGAGGGCGAACCAGAUCUGAAGAGGAAAACGAUUGAAGAAGGGCUUAUCAAGCUAUUCUCAUCGAAAGUGACUACCAUGAACAUUGCAGAUGCUGAAACACUCAGUGCAAUGGUUGUCGACCGAAUGUUCGAGGCCGGUAUAUUACAGCCGGAAGAAGAAUGGGUCAAGUUUGGAACUGGAGAGCUGUCCGGUGUUUUAUGGCAACUAACCGGUUCCGGUUGCUAUGCUCCGAAAUUGCAUGAUACUGAAACUCCCGGGCGUUGUUAUUCACACCAUUGUACAAGGACGCUGAAGAAGGCCAAUCUUGAUGAGCUGAUGUCGGAGGAGUCGGUCAAGAAGGAGGACUGGGUCACAUUCUACAAGGUUACGGCCACGACGAUACAAGGUAAAGAUAAGAAGGAGGUUGAGAGGCAAAACAUCCUUCAUGAAAUUGUCACGAGUGAGGAAGAUUACAUGAACCAGCUCGAUGUCGUUCGAUUAUUAUACCGAGAUCAACUUCGAGCAUGGCAGCCACCGAUCAUUCCGCCUAAUCGACUCGAUGCAUUCAUGGACUCAGUUUUCGGCAAAGUUGAACUUGUUCAGAGCGUCAACAAGGAAUACCUGCUAGCCCAGUUGAAGUAUCGUCAGAACGAGCAGGGCCCCUUCAUCAGCGGCUUCAGCGAUAUCUUCAGAGAAUGGAUCCGAAAGGCGCGGAUAGCCUACGUGGAGUAUUCUUCAAGCUACCCAAUGGCUCAAUAUCACAUUCGCAACGAGGCCGAACGGAACAUGCUUUUCCGCCAGUUCUUGGAUCAUGUUCGCGGCCACAAGCGCUCAGAGCGUCUCGGCUGGGAUACAUUUGUGAAGGCACCGAUUACUCGCUUGCAGCGGUAUACUCUACUUCUUUCGACAGUCUUGAAGAACUCGAUUCAAGAAACUGAAGAAAAGGUCAAUCUCGUUAAAGCCAUCGAUGAAAUCAAGAACGUCACAUUGGAAUGCGACAAGAUAGUCGAUGAACAGAAGAAGAAGGUCGAGUUAAAGGAGCUUCAACGAACCCUAGUUCUGCGACCCGGUUUCCAGUCGGUACUCAAUCUCGAUCACCUUGGAAGGCAGUUGAUCCUGCAGGGUGACCUCCAGAGGAUGGGUUCCAAGGGCGUACGAUGGGUAGACACUCAUGCACUCUUGUUCGAUCAUUACUUCAUCCUCGCAAAAGCUGUUGCGUCGAAAGAUGGUCGAGGAGACAAGAAGUAUGAUGUGUCCAAAGAACCCAUCCCUAUGCCCCUCCUCUUCCUUGAGAGCAUGAAUGAUGACCCAGUAUCCAAGCAAAAGGGUAUCACGGCACCAUUGGCUCGAACAACUGCUGCUGCCUCUGACACCAGGUUGAACAAGGUUGCUUCUAAUGGAAUUGACCGUCCCGGCUUGGAACACACUGCAACGAGUUCGUCAAUGGGGUCUUUGAACACGGUUACGCGCCUGCCUUCAUCCUCAACUGAUGCCGAAGGAAAGAUUCUGUACCCUUUCAAGGUUAAGCACCUUGGCAAUGAAGUGUACACGCUCUACGCGACAACUCCCCAGAGUCGCCAAGAAUGGUGUAAUAAGAUCAUCGAGGCAAAGACGCGGCACGCUAGAGCCCUGCAAAGUCAAAACGCAGAGCCAUUCAAAUUACGCAUUCUAGCAGAUGGUGCAUUUGCCUAUGACUCGGUUUCUGCUAUCGGCAAAGGAGCUGGCGUCUCUAUCCGCGGAACACCUCUUGACCGGGCAAUACGAGACAUGGAGCGAGUAUAUGGACCAGGACGUGGACCGCCUCCUGUAUGCCGAGCUCAAGUCAACUGUGCGACCGCCUUCUCCGCGUAUGGAAAGUCUAUCAUCGCAAUUGGAACAGAUUUUGGUGUCUUCAUUUCCGAGGCAUCGAAUCCUCGUGGCUGGACCCGAUCUGUCCAAAUUAAUCGCGUGUCGCAGAUCUCCGUGCUUGAGGAGUUCUCCGUUUGUCUCAUCAUUGCGGACAGGUCAUUAAUCGCGUAUCCUCUUGACGUGGUAGCACCUGUAUCUAAUUUCCCGGCUCCCAUCCAUGACAAUCCUCGCAGAGCACCCCAGAGGCUGGCCAAGGAUGUCUCAUUCUUUGCCACUGCCCGCAUGAAGGAGCGAAUGCUUCUCUUCUACAAGCGGAAGGAGGGAAUGCACAACACCUUCAAGGUGCUCGAGCCGGUCUUCCAGAAGGCGACGGAGAAGAAACCGCGCAUUUUCGGUGGCCGUAAGGGUGGUGCCGGAAGCACAGAAUCUUUCCGCGACUUUGACGAGUUCUACCUCCCUGUGGAGUGCUACUCGCUCAACCUCUUCCAGACGUAUAUUGCUGUUGCAACAGCCAAGGGCUUUGAGAUGUUGACGCUCGACAAGAAGCAGACGAUGUCUGUCCCGAGCGGACUCAAUCAAGCUGCUAUCGCGAACAUUGCUAACCGCAUUCGCGACCAGCGGCCCUUAGGCAUGUUCAGGCUUAAUGACCAGGAGUAUCUCCUGACCUAUGAGGACUGCGCCGUAUACGUGGAUAAACACGGUGAGGUGUCGAGAACCCUCAUCAUGGAGUACUCAGGCAAGCAGAAGAAAGCGAGAGGGGCAACAAUGUUUGGACAGUAUUUGCUCCUCUUUAAUGAGGACUACGUGGAGGUCCGUAAUGCCGAGAAUGGUCGGCUGCGACAGAUCAUUGCCGGCCGAGAUGUGCGCUGCCUAGACUACGGCUUUAGAGGACCGACCGGCCACAACUCGCCGCAGAACCUGUACGGCAACCAGCCUGGCCUAGGCCAGGACUCGAAGGGCACGGUUAAGAUAUCCAUGUCGCAUCCCGAAGUGCCGGGCAUGCAGAUCGUGCUGGAGAUGCUUCUUAACGAUGGGCACUCCGAGAAAGCAUGA